AUGGGUAAAAGGAAAGCAUCAUCUAAUAAACUCGUUGGAGAUAAGCGAAAGCAUUUAAAAGAGCAACAAGACAAUCAACUUUCUACUGGAAUAUUCGGCCAAGAUGUUGUCACGUCGGAAGAUGACCUUGUCAAUGACUGGGACAAUGUCGAGCAGGACUAUGAAUUGCGCCCCAGAAAUACUAAAGAUAACGGUACUGAAAUUGUUGAAGGCUUGCCUAUAAAAAGAGGUGAUGGAAAAUUAGAAAGAGUCGUCAGAAAAAUGAAUAAGAUAGAUACCAGCGAAGCAGAGAUAUCAGUAGACAAAGAGGAGAAGAGCGAGGCCCUUGUAGAACCAGAAGACGCUGAUAAUCACAAUCGGCUCAAUGGUAUGUCACCUCGGCAAGUUUUGAUUGAAACAAAGACAGAGAUAGCAGAUUUGGCAACAAAAUUAAUAGAAAAUCCCGAAGAAAAUAUCCCUUGUCUCAUAAGGCUAAGAAAAAUGACUGAAUCUCGCAACUUUGUUACUUGCCAGCUUUCAAUAAUGGCUUUAAUCCCAGUAUUCAAAUCACUAGCUCCAUCUUAUAGGAUACGACCUUUGUCGGAUACAGAGAAACGUCAGAAAGUCAGCAAGGACAUUGCUCAACUAAGAAACUUUGAGCAGUCUUUAGUUGCAAAUUACGUUGCUUAUGUAAAUCGUUUAGCUCAAUUAGCUGUUGUUUCCUUUCUGAACUCUCAAAAUGAUAGGAAAGUAGCUUUGGAUGAAAUUAAAUUAGGUCUGUUGGCUACAAAAGCAGCAUGUGAGCUUUGUCUCUCGUCAUUGCGCAAUUUUAAUUACAGAAGUGAAGUGAUUACCAUCAUAUGCCGUCGUCUCAAUAGAACUCCAUCUAAUGAUGAUGAUUUUAAUGUUUUUCUCAAAUGUUUAAGGACCUUAGAGUCCUUGCUCAUUGAUGAUCAGCACAAUGGAGAUGUUACCUUUGACGUUUGUAAGCUUUUAUGCAAAUCGAUCAGAGAUAAAAAAUUCAGGGUUGACGAAUCUGUAAUAAACAUUUUCCUAUCGCUAAGCUUACUCAAUGAUUACGAUCCGAAUAAUAACAAAAAUGAUGAACAAAAACCAAAACUCAAGAAGAAAGACAGACUACAUUUGUCCAAAAAAGAGAGAAAGGCCAGAAAAGAACGGAAAGAAAUUGAGGAAGAGAUGCGUAAAGCAGAAGACGCAAUUAGUGCUGAAGAGAGAGAGAAAUAUCAGGCUGAUGUUUUAAAAAUGCUAUUAUCACUAUAUUUGGAGAUUCUCAAAGCUAGCUCUCCAGGCACUCUCUCCAAAAAUAGCUACGCUGGAGAAUUGAUGGCUCCCGUAUUGGAGGGUUUAGCUCGGUUUGGUAAUAUGGCUAAUAUAGACUUGUUGGGUGAUUUCUUGGAAGUUUUACGAGAAAUCAUGACGGACAUUAUCCUGGAGCAUACUUUACACGAAACCAACGAUGAAGACAGUGGGGGUAUGUUUAAUGGCAAAGAGGUGCGAAGCAUUUUGCUAUGUGUUUCUACUGCCUUUGCCCUUGUCAUGAAUCAUUCUUCUGUCGGUAAAUUGCCCAUAACGAUUGAUCUAUCAAAGUUCAUCUCCUAUUUAUAUGUUGUUCUAGCUGAUUUGUCGUUGGACACAGAUUUGGAGUUUUCUAGCAAGACUCUCAGGCUAGUUGACCCUCUUUCAACUUCAAUAUCUGCUGAUAAACCACAUGUAAAUGUUUCAACUAAAGCAGAGCUCUUGUUGCGCUGCCUAGACUUCAUAUUUUUCAGAUCAAGAAACGGCACUGUACCUCGGGCAUCUUCAUUUAUUAAGAGACUAUACAUUUUAUCUUUACAAACACCUGAGAAAACCUCAUUAGCAAUUCUUAAGUUUGUUGGGAAAUUGACCAGUAGGUAUGGAGAAAGCUUAAAAGGUUUAUGGAAUACUGAGGAAAGAAUUAGUGGUGAGGGGUCUUACUUUUUGGGAAUAGAGAAAUCUGAUAGAGAGGUAGAGUUGGAAAGAUGCAACAGUGGUGCAGCCACUUUAUGGGAAAACGUGCUACUUGAUAAGCAUUAUAGUCAAAUGGUUAAAGAUGGAUCGAGAACAUUAUUCAAAAAUAGUAGACCGCACACAAGGCAAUAA